UCCUCUUCUAACUCUUCGCAUUCAGAUUUCAGAGGCUUCUCCCUCUGAACCGGUUCUCUCUCCAAUCUCUCUUAUUUUUCUAAUUUAAUUUUCUAUUUUCUUGGACAUUGGAGAUUCUGGUGUAUUUUAGGUUUUGCAUAGGGUUGAUCGACGACGAGUACAUGACAAUGGAGGCGUUGCAGGGAGAGGUGGAUCGAGUCAAGGGUCCCUGGAGCCCUGAGGAGGACGAGUUGUUGAGGCAGCACGUGCGACGGCACGGCGCUCGAAAUUGGUCGGCCAUAAGCAAGGCGAUCGCCGGACGAUCUGGAAAGUCAUGCCGGCUACGGUGGUGCAAUCAGCUCUCACCGGAUGUAGAGCGUGGCGCCUUCACUCCGGAGGAGGACGAGAUCAUCAUCAAGGCACACGCCCAGUUCGGCAACAAAUGGGCCGCCAUAGCCAAGCUCCUCAACGGCCGUACGGAUAACUCUGUCAAAAAUCACUGGAACUCCACCUUAAAGCGCAAGUACUCAUCACUGGUUCGUGACGUCGAAGAUCCAUCGCUCCAACUACCAACGAAGAAGCAGGCUACCGAAGAUCGAUCGCUGACGAUUCCUUCCGUAUUAGCGGGUCAUUGUUACAGCCCGGGCAGCCAAACUGGAUCUGAUGUUAGUGACUCCGGUCAUCAGGCAGUCUCUAAUUCUCCGACUGUGAUUCGGCCUGAAUCGAGACCGCCGGACGCGAACCUGAACAACGAUCUCUCAACAGAACUCACUCUGUCUCUUCCUGGAGCCAAGUCGAAGGAGUUAGGGAGGCUUAAAGAUUCUAGCUCUAUUACAGAGCAUGAGGAAGCAUUAUCAACGUCGAUAUUAUUAUCAACGGAGAAGAAGCAGGGUGGAAUCACGACUUUUGGGCCAGAGUUGCUGGCAGUGAUGAAGGAGAUGAUAAGGGAUGAGGUGAGAAAUUACAUGGCGGCGUUGUGAAGUGGUGCUGGAUUUUAAAAAAAUAUUACCGUCAGACGAGUUUUGAUUGAUAAUGGAAGACAUGGGACCUGAAGGCUGAAAAGGCAGAAUGAUUUUUCUUCCUGUCCCCAGAUGAACAUUAAUUUUGAGACUGUAUAUACGGAAUUGAUAGAAUUGGAACUCAAAAAUUCGAAGUCAUCGUUCAUAUCUUUUGACAAAGAGAAAUCCAUAGGAGCGGGAGCAGAUAGAGCUAGGUAUUCUUUGAGAUUGAUUACAUUCUUGUGAAUAAACCGGCUCCUUUACUAUACUUAUCUAUUCUUAUUAUGGUCACAUAAUUAAUAUUUUUAAUUAAAUUAAUUUUUUUUCAUACAUGGGUCUCCUUCCAUGGUUUUAGUUAGAAUUUUAUAUUAUAUAUAAAUUUUAGUAUGUUUUAAGGCUGGAUCAAAAGGAAAGGAUUUUAUGGUGGGUUGUU